UUUGGUGUUAACGUUUCUGACGGUAUUAUCCCAAAUAUCAUUUCAAAUGCUUUGAAGUAUGAAGGUAAUGAUACCGAUUUGGGGCCUUUACCUGAUCCAAUUCCAAUAAGAGACUUUGAUGCUCCGAAGUUAAGAGAGAUUCGAAAACUGAUUGAUAACGAAUCCCUGACAACGUUUGAGAUUGAAGAAUUGGCCAUGGCCAUGCUUGAGGAACUGCCUGAGUUAUCCAGCGACUACUUGGGUAACACGGUGGUUCAAAAGCUGUUUGAAUUCGGUUCAGCUCCAAUCAAGCACGUCAUGCUUAAAGAGGUGUCUAGGUAUUUGGCACAGAUGGGUGCGCAUAAGAAUGGUACCUGGUCUGCUCAGAAGAUGAUCUCUGUUGCUGAUACUCCUUUACAGAAGCAGACCGUGGCAGAGAGCUUGAAGCCUUAUUGUGCGCCUCUGUUUAACGACCAGUUUGGUAACUACGUGAUUCAGUGCUCGCUCAAGUUUGGUUCUCCGUGGAAUAACUUCAUCUUUGAAGCUAUCCUGGCAAAGUUUUGGAUCAUCACCCAUAACAGGUUUGGUGCUCGUGCUGUUAGAGCAUGUCUUGAGAGCCAUGAGGCAACGUUGGAGCAAACAGCACUGGUUUCUGCUGCCAUUGUUGCGUAUGCUGACCAUUUAGCAAUUGAUCAAAACGCUGCAUUGCUCAUCACCUGGUUCUUAGAUACUUGUACUCUACCAAACAGACAUAUGCUUUUGACACCAAGGUUGGUUCCACAUCUGGCACAACUGUGCACUCACAAGCUUGCCAGCUUGACGAUCUUGAAGAUUUUGAACAAUAGAAGUGAACCUGAGGCUAAGAGUAUGAUAUUGACUGCUUUGUUUGGUGAUGUGAAUGCAUCGGUCGAGAACACCAGACCUCCACAGUUGUUGGAGCUAGUGUUACAGGAUAGUUCCCAUGGUGCCGGAUUCAUCUUCAAAGUGUUAUCGAACCCACAGCUGGAGGCUGAUGUUCGCAAGCACGUUGUCAGCCAAGUGCGCAAAGUGUUGGUGGAGAUGAACAUUUCCUCUUAUCAGGAUUAUAAGAGACUAAUGGACGAGGUUGGGCUAUCUUCAAGA